AACCUGCUGAAGGAGUUCUCCGUUUCCUUUUCAGGAGCCCCACAAGUCUGCCACUAACUGGGACGCACCUGGUAGCAUCGGAGUGGUAGAGUGAGCCAAACAGUCUUGAGUGAAGACGAACUCAUGCAGCUCGCAGGGUAUGACUGGACAAAAUAGAAGCCUGAGAUCCUUAACCAUCUAGAACCAACCGGCAAAUGAAAAGGCCCUGCAAAAAGCAAUCCAAAUGGGCUUCAAACGUGGUAUGAGAGAACAUGUCUGUGACCCUUGGACCCCAGAUCAUGGGAAGAAGAUCAGGAAGUCAAGGCCAUCCUGAAUGACAAGAGACCCUGUCUCAAAGAAAAUAAACGUGUUUCCAUUGCUUCUAUAUACCUCAAAAUAAAACAGAAAAUGGUGAUCUAAAAUACCAAGUGUUGACAAGAAUGUGACAUAACUGAAUUUGAUUGUGGUGCUGGAGCAACUUCUUUGAAAAACAAGGACAGUUUGUUACAGUUGUGCACCCUGUGACCCACAGGUCCUUGGUCACACAACUGAUCGGAACUGUACUUAUGAUGUACAGGCAGACAGGUGUCAGAAGACCCAUGGCUGCUCCUGUCUUAAUAGCCCUCAAAUGGGAAUAACCCAAAAGACCAUCAACAGACAAUCAAUCAUGACUAGACCAUCAGUAUUGUGUAAUGGAAACACUGCACAGGAAUGCAAAGGACCCUCUGAAACUGUAGACAACAACACAGAAAAUGACAGAAACUUACAGUUGAACAUAAAAUGCUAGACACAAAAGUACAUGUUACACGUUAAGUCCAUUUUUUUUCUCCUUCCUUUUUGGUUUUGUUUUGUAUGUGUGUAUGUUUGUGGGGUUUUGGUGUUUGUAGAGACAGGGUCUGGCUACAUAUCUGAGGCUGGCUAGAUACUUGCAGCUAAGGCUGGAUUUUAGCUCACCAUCUUUCUGUGCCAAGCUCUUAAGUGCUGGAAUUACAAGACUGUGUCAUCAUGCCCAGUGUCUAGUUCAUUUCUGCUGUCAACUCAAAACUCUGGACACUAAAAGUUCUCCAGACUGAAAGGGUUUGUGCAUUACAGAUGGAAAAAAAAAAUGAGCCCCACCACUAGCAGCAGAGCUAGACAAAAGUAGGGACCUCCAAGUCAAAAGCAUUAAAACGAAAUUUUGACAAAGAAAACCUACAUGAAAGAGCAUUAAAACGAAACUUUGACAAGGAAAACCUACAUUGGCCAUAGCUAGACAGCCUGUACAAUCCAUGUUUGCUUCAGGCACGUCCUAAACAGAAUGGUGUGGGCAUUGAGCCCUACGGUUUUGAGUCAGCAUUUCAACUUUCAUUCAAGAAUGAGGAAGAGCCCUGGCUCGAGCCCACAGCAGUUAGCUAUUAACUUCCCUCACUGCCACUUGCCCAGACCCGAACCUCCUCCAUCAUCCAGCCCUUGUAAUUAAAUAUAGGACAUCCUGCAAUUUUUUUCACUAUAAAGAACCAAAAUGGAAAGAUCGAGAUGCUGGAAGUUAAGGUAACAGUCCUGUGAUGUGCAAGGAAUUGUGACCGAAAGAAAGGGCUUCCCUGGUGCUGGGAAGCCACAGGAAAAGAGACUAAGACGAUACUACAGGUCACGGUGACACACUACUGUAAUCCUAACUCCCAGGAGGCAGAGGCAGGAGGAUUGCUUCAGAUUUGAGGCCAACCUGGUCUACAUAACAAGUUCCAGUCCAAACAGGAUUAUGUCUCCAAAAGUAAAAUAGUAAACGAAUCGAGAUGUGAACUCACAGCUGUUCCUGCCAUCAUGCCUUUGCUCUGCCAUCAUGGACGCCUAACCCUCUGAAACGAUAAUCCCACUUCAACAGUUUCUUUUGUAUGUUGCCUUAGUCAUGGUGCUUUGUCAUAGCAAUGGAAAAGCAACUAAGAUAGUACCCUAUGCAUGGAUCAAACACUUCAAACUGUCUGAUUUCAGGGAGACACAGGAAGGUCUUAGCUUGGAAGUUAGAGGAUUAUGAUUUGAAUGGAAUCGGGAAGAAAAGAUGUCAUUCCUGAGGAUACCAAGCCACAUGAACAAUAAAGUUUACAAAGAUUAUUCUGUUAAAUCCUCGGAGUAACACCUCGGAGAAGAGGACUUUUCCUGUCAUGAACUUCUUGAGAACUGUGAUGCUAGUGAAUCGUGACACUAUUCAGUAUGCGCUGAUCCAGCUCUUCUUAUUCACAAGCUUCACGGUGCUUUCUGCCACCAGGGUGACAAACACAAUAUGGAGCAGUCAAACCUGAAGAAGACAGAAACACAAGAGAAAAAUCUUCUGCCCUCACAAUAAGCAAUGGACCAGGAGAAAUGAGCAGGGGAAUUGUGACGAGGAGGGAGCUCUGAUAUGCAAGACUGCCUUCUUCUGGUAAUCUGGUCCCCUAUUUAACCUUGUAAAAAUGUAAAGAGCAGGUUUAGAUAGCUGUACAGCCCCUUUCACAUCAUCGAGACCCACAGACAACGAAGGGUCAUGCCUGCCUCUACCAUCUGCCGGUCUGUGUGACAGGAAGACUUCCACAUCAGUAGAGGAAGAACCUGGCCAGAGGUGGUGAAAUCUAGAGUAUGGACCAAUUUUGAACUGGCUGCUGCCUAAUGCAAGAUACAAUAACUAUUGCUACCACUUCAGAAAGAGACAGAGUCUCAGUGUAUACAGCUGACCUUCAACUCACUAUACACGUGCUGGGGAUUGAACCCAGGGUUUCAUGUAUGCCAGGUGGUCAAGAUGCAGUUCUCAGGAAGGAUUCGCAAGAAGCUGAGAUUGGCAGGUGACCAGAGAAAUGCUUGUUACCCUCACAGCCUUCAGUUUUACCUACAGCCACCUUCUGAAAACAUAUCUCUGACAGAGUUUGAAAGCUUGGCUGUGGACAGACUUAAAUUGCUGAAAACAGUGGAGAAUCUUGGUGUGAGCUAUGUGAAAGGAACAGAACAGUACCAGAGUAAGUUGGAGGCUGAGAUUCGAAAACUCAAGUUUUCCUACAGAGAGAACUUAGAAGAUGAGUUUGAGCCACGAAGAAGGGACCACAUCUCCCACUUUAUUUUACGCCUAGCAUACUGCCAGUCUGAAGAUCUUCGACGAUGGUUUAUUCAACAAGAAAUGGAUCUGCUUCGAUUUCGAUUCAGUAUUUUACCCAAGGAUAAAGUUCAGGAUUUCUUAAAGGAUAGUCAUUUGCAUUUUGAGGCUAUAAGUGAUGAAGAGAAGACUCUCCGAGAACAGGACAUCGUUGCAUCCUCGCCAAGCCUAAGUGGGGUUAAGUGGGAAUCGGAGUCAGUUUAUAAGAUCCCCUUUGCUGACGCUCUGGACCUUUUCAGAGGAAGGAAGGUCUAUUUGGAAGAUGGCCUUGCUUAUGUGCCGCUUAAAGACAUUGUGGCCAUCAUCCUGAACGAGUUCAGAGCUACGCUAUCUAAGGCUUUGGCACUAACAGCCAGGUCCUUGCCUGCUGUGCAGUCCGAUGAACGGCUCCAGCCUCUGCUCAACCACCUCAGUCAUUCUUACACUGGUCAAGAUUACAGCACCCAGAAGAACACGGGGAAGAUUUCCUUAGAUCAGAUUGAUUCGCUUUCUACCAAAUCUUUCCCACCUUGCAUGCGUCAGUUGCACAAGGCUUUGAGGGAAAACCACCAUCUUCGUCAUGGAGGCCGGAUGCAGUAUGGGCUGUUCCUGAAGGGCAUUGGCCUGACUUUAGAACAGGCAUUGCAGUUCUGGAAGCAAGAGUUUAUUAAAGGGAAGAUGGACCCAGACAAGUUUGAUAAAGGUUACGCUUACAAUAUCCGUCACAGCUUUGGGAAAGAAGGCAAGAGGACAGACUACACACCUUUCAGUUGCAUGAAGAUUAUCCUAACCAAUCCACCAAGCCAAGGGGAUUAUCACGGGUGCCCAUUCCGUCACAGUGAUGCAGAGCUGCUGAAGCAGAAGAUGCAGUCCUACAAGAUCCCUGCCUCAGGGAUCAGCCAGAUUUUGGAUUUAGUAAAGGGGACUCAUUACCAGGUAGCCUGUCAGAAGUACUUCGAGAUGACACAUAACGUGGAUGAUUGUGGCUUUUCUUUGAAUCAUCCGAAUCAGUUCUUUCUUGAGAGCCAGCGGAUCCUAACUGGUGGCAAAGACGUCAAGAAGGAAUCCAGCCAGCCAGAAACACCUCAGUCCAAACCCAGUGUCCAGAAGACCAGGGAUGCCUCCUCUGCUCUGGCCUCUCUAAACUCCUCCCUGGAAAUGGAGCUGGAGGGACUGGAAGAUUACUUUAGUAAAUGAUGUGGCCACUUCAGUAACUCCCUUCCCCCCAGUGAAUACAUUCCUGUUUGUAAGGUUUGCCUUUUUAAAGCCUUCCUGCUGAGCAAUUUCCUCUACCCACCUGCUUCAUGUAUACACAUUUAUUAGCAAAGCAGACUUGCUUCCAUAUGACAUAUGAAAGCAUAAUGAAAAAAGCCAGAGUUCCUAUGAAACAUUUCAUUGAAUAUUUUGAUUUGAAUCCUGUUUCAGAGAUUUCAAACAGUACUUUGAGACUAAAGUCCUCAAGCAGCAAUACAACUAAAACCAACUUUUAAAGUUUCACAUGGUAUAAUUUUGACCCAGUCCUCUUUUGGAGUAUUUUUGCUAAUAAAUAUCAACAUGAGUAUGAC